CUCUCCUCCAGAAACAUGGCGUCAAACACCUGGCUUUUUGCAUUUUUAUUGCUAAUGACCUUCAUCGAUUUAACAGAAGCCCAGGAGGGACCAGAAAUGGAAACUCCUGAAAACGAAGUGGAGACCCCUGAAAACGAAGUGGAAAGCCCUGAAAACGAAGUGAAAACUCCUGAAAUGGAAGCUCCAGAGAAUAACUCAUCAUCGUCACCAUUUUUAAAAUUACCGGCAUGCGGUUUCCGCCCUAGUAGAGUCCUCGUGGUUGGUGGUGUGAACGCCAUGCCCAACUCAUGGCCAUGGAUGAUUUCACUCCAAAGAAAAGGAGCUCAUCAUUGUGGUGGUUCAUUGAUCAGCACCAACUGGGUUCUUACCGCCGCUCACUGUUUAUUUGAACGGACGCCAAGUCUGUACACGGUUGUUGUUGGCGCACAUUCGUUGUCCGGUUCGACGCCUGUUCAAGAAACAUUCAAAGUCAAAAGACUUAUAACGCAUCCGAAUUAUACCCAGGGUACAGAAAACAAUGACAUCGCGCUUUUGGAGUUAGAUCGCAAAGUCACGCUGAGCCUCAGGGUAAAUCUGGUCUGCUUGCCGCAAAAGGGAUCUAGAAUUCCACCAGGAACACGAUGUACCAUCACCGGCUGGGGACUCAACAGUACUUAUGGAGCUAUUACCGACAUACUCCAGCAAGAAGAACUGCCUGUUGCUAGUCACAGUGACUGCACAAAACGUAAUACGGAAACAUUUGUCGAUGAGAGGUGGAUGUUGUGCGCUGGAGGUCUAAAAGACAGUGCUGCUUGCAAGGGGGACAGUGGCGGACCUCUUUCUUGUCUUGAAGGAACGCGCUGGGUCGUAAGAGGUGUCACGAGUAUGGUGCCCUGGCCGUGCGAAAACGAUUUGUACUCAGUGUUUGCCCGGGGUGAUGCUAUUCCAUAA